GAGGGUUUGGCAGUGCCAGGAAUGGCUUUUCUCUGCAACUCCCUUCUUCCCACUGUCUCAUCCCCAUGGUGGUACGGUCCCUCUUGUUCAAUCACUUCAACCUCUUUUGAAUUCCAACCCCUCUUCUUAUUAUUUUCCAUGUUAUCCUGAUCUGGCACUUCAAUUAUUUUGCCUCUUUCAACUGUUUGUCAGAAAUUUCUGCUGCCAUUGAUUUCCUCCUUGUGGUUAGUACUAGUAGUUUGUAGGCUAGUGCUGUUUCCACUGUUUGCUCUUUGAUUGGUCUAGAUUCUUUAUUGUUUUGCUAAAGGGUUGCUGAUUUAACCCCUCAUUUUGAAGCUUGAGCAUCAAGUGAGAGAAGCUUGGUUAUAUGUUUAUGAUGUGAGAUAUGAUGGCAAAUGGUAAUGAUUCGUUUGACCAUCGAAAGAGAUAAGAUAAAGCUGAGAGAGAACUUUUUUUAAUUUUUUUUUUUUAAAGACAGAACAGGAACAGAGCGAUUUGUACAAUAAAGCAAGUUCAUUACUUGGAAACUGUCCAUGAGUGUACUGGGAGUAAUGUCCAUUGAAGGUUGCUUCUCAUCGCUGAGAUUUUUUGGCUCAUUCUUAUAGCCUGAAUUUUCCAAAGUUAGUUUCUUUUUCUCAAAGGGGUUUGGAAAAUGCGAAUGUUUCAGCCUCUUUCUAAGAGGGAUGCGGUCGCUGGGUUCGAGGGCGGUGGUGAUGGCCAGAUUCUAGAUCUGGACACGGCAGUGAAAGAUGGGGUUUUGGGUGGUGUGGAUGCUGGAGUUGUGGGAACUGGGGUUGGUGAAAAAUUGGAUCUUGGGAAGAUGAUUGAAGAGUUAGACUUGUCUGAAGUUCCCUCUGUGUUCAUUUGCCCAAUUUCCCUUGAGCCGAUGCAAGACCCUGUGACCCUUUGCACGGGCCAAACCUAUGAGAGGUCCAACAUUCUGAAAUGGUUCAGUUUGGGGUACUUCACUUGCCCCACCACGAUGCAAGAGCUUUGGGACGAUUCCAUCACUCCAAAUACCACCCUCUAUCGUCUAAUACACACUUGGUUUUCUCAGAAGUAUUUGCUGAUGAAGAAGAAAUCGGAGGAUGUACACGGAAGGGCCUCAGAACUUCUUGAGACACUGAAGAAGGUGAAGGGUCAAGCUCGUGUUCAGGCUCUCAAGGAGCUCCAUCAAGUAGUGGUUGUUCAUGCCACUGCCCGCAAGGCAUUGAUUGAUGAAGGUGGAGUCUCUGUGAUGUCAUCGUUACUUGGUCCUUUUACAUCCCAUGCUGUUGGCUCAGAGGUUAUUGGUGUUCUUGUGAGUUUAAACCUUGAUUCUGAAUCCAAAAAGAAUCUUAUGCAGCCUGCAAAAAUUUCAUUGAUGGUGGACAUUUUGAAUGAGGGCUCAAUUGAGACGAAAAUCAAUUGCACCCGGCUAAUUGAAUCAUUGAUUGACAAGAAGGAUUUUCGGUCAGGGAUUUUCAAAAGCCAUAGCCUUUUGGUUGGGUUGAUGAGGCUUGUGAAGGACAAGAGACACGCAAAUGGACUCUAUCCUGGACUAAGCCUCCUCAAAACAUUAUGCAUGCAUACAGAAGUUAAGAAUCUGCUAGUGAGCAUUGGGGUUAUUUCUCAGUUGGUUGAGUUGUUUUCUGGUAUGGGUCCUGAUUGUUUGGAAUUAGCCCUUUCCAUUUUAGAUGCAUUGGCAUCUAUCCCAGAAGGCAGAUUGGCUUUGAAGGAUUGUUCUAAUAGCAUACCCAUUAUGGUGAAAUUGUUGAUGAGGGUCUCAGAGAAUUGCACCCAAUAUGCAUUGUCAAUAUUGUGGUCUGUGUGCAAGCUUGCACCUGAGGAGUGCUCUUUGAUUGCUGUGGAUGCGGGACUUGCUGCAAAACUCCUCCUUGUGAUUCAAAGCGGUUGCAAUCCUAUAUUAAAACAACAGUCUGCUGAGCUUUUGAAGUUGUGUAGUUUAAAUUAUUCAGAUACAAUCUUCAUUUCCAAGUGCAAGCUUACUAGAACCAUCCAAUGACAGUGGAUUUUAACCUGGUUGUAUCAACAAUUUGUAAAUCUGUAGGGCAAGAUCAGCUACUUAUCAGAUCACAGAACUCAAAUAAAUCCCAGGACUUGACAUGGGGUUUGAGCGAAAUGACAUAUGAGAGGAGGAGACACAGUGAAAGGUGUAGGGAGAUGGCAGGUGAAGCAUUCAUCACAUGUGCUCGAGUUUCGUAUAUUUAUGGAUGACUGGACGUUUGAGCGUAGGCGUGUGGUGCAUGCAUAUUUUUCUUUUAUCCUUUUUUAUGGCACUAUUUGAGUACAAGGCCUAUGUAAACGUUACCUCUCGGCUCUCACUGAAUCAAUGGAUGAUUGGAAAUUAAA